AUGUUUGACAGUGAAUUAGUUAGGCCUUCUGUGUUUGACAGUGAAUUAAUUGGGCCUCCUAUGUUUAAAGGUGGGUUAGUUAGACCUCCCAUGUUUGACGUUGGAUUAGUUGGGCCUCCUAUGUUUGACGAUGGAUUAGUUGGGCCUCCUGUGUUUGAAGGUGGAUUAGUAAGGUCUCCUAUGUUUGACAGUGAAUUAGUUAGGCCUUCUGUGUUUGACAGUGAAUUAGUUGAACCUCCUAUGUUUGACAGUGAAUUAGUUGGGCCUCCUAUGUUUGACAGUGAAUUAGUUGGGCCUCCUGUGUUUGACAGUGAAUUAGUUGGACCUUCUAUGUUUGACGAUGGAUUAGUUGGGCCUUCUGUGUUUGACGGUGGAUUAGUUGGGCCUUCUAUGUUUGACGAUGGAUUAGUUGUGCCUCCUGUGUUUGACGGUGGGUUAAUAAGGCCUUCUGUAUUUGACGGUGGAUUAGUUAGGCCUUCUGUGUUUGACAGUGAAUAA